UCAUUAAAUUUACUUACAGGUACCAUGGAAAGUGAAUCCAGUUUGAAUGAGGAAAAUAAUACUGAUGCAAAUUUAAGUAGUAGUAGCGAAAAUAUUGAUAUAUUAAGUAGGAAUGAAUAUAAUUCUGAUGAUUCAGAUAAUACAGCAUUAAAUGAAGAUGAAGAAAAUGAUGAAGUUGUAAAGGCAAUCAUUAGAUCAAAAAAAAAUCAUAGCAAUCACCCUCCUUCUCUAAUAUUGGAAGAUGCAGUAAUGGAUAUUUGUUUUCAUCCAAAACGUGACUUGAUCGUUUUCGCUAUGGUCACAGGAGACAUUCUUCUUUAUAAAUACAAUGAUGAAAAAACUGAGCUCGUUUCAACAAUGGAGGUGCAUUUGAAAUCUUGUCGUGAUGUAGAAUUCAGUAACGAUGGCCAAACACUUUUUUCUGCUGCUAAAGAUAAAUCAAUUAUGUUAAUGGAUAUCGAAAGUGGAAAACUUACCAGACUAUAUGAAGAAGCUCAUGAGUUUCCAAUUUACUCUCUUACAAUUAUAAAUGAUAACACAUUUGCUACUGGAGAUGACGAAGGAGUCGUAAAACUUUGGGAUCUUAGACAACAUACAACGAAACCAAUUUUUUCCUUAAAAGAAAUGAAAGAGUAUGUAAGUUCAAUGGUAACAAAUAGAGAUGAAAAAUAUUUGGUUUGUGCAAGUGGAGACGGAUGCCUUACAACUUUAAACAUUCCUGCAAAAAAACUUCAUGUACAGACAGAAGAAUAUGACGAAGAAUUGACGUGCCUUGGCCUUUUUAAAUGCGAAACAAAAAUUUUGAGCGCUACAAGUAAAGGAAAGUUGUAUCUUUUUAACUGGAACGAAUUUGGCCUUCAUUCGGACGAAGUUCCAAGCUUAACAAAAAAUGCCAUCAAUUGUAUGAUUCCCAUAACAGAAAAUGUGGCCAUUACAGGAGGCGAAGAUGGACGUCUAAGAGCAACAAGUCUUUUUCCAAAUCGGCACCUAGGAGUUGUCGGGCAACACAAUUUUCCUGUUGAAAGACUUGACAUUAACAAUGACGGAACGUUAAUUGCUUCUUCAUCUUAUGACAGUGAUGUAAAAUUUUGGAAUGUUGAAUAUUUUGAAGACUUAGAUAUUUCUUUGAAAUUAAAAGGAGGAAAACAACGACAAAUAAAACACAAUCUUCCGAGUAGCAAAGCAACUAAUGCGUCUGAUUUUUUUGCCGAUUUGUAAAAUAUAACUAGCUGCAGAUGUUGCGUAACAUUUCUACACUUUAACGUUUGUAAAAAGUUUGAAUGAUUGUUUUAAGAAAUUUUAAUUACUUUUAGUGUCUAGAAAAUCAUUCAAAAUUUUGACAAAGUUUUUCUAAAAGACAAAAAAUACGAAUUUUGUAACAUAUUUUUUAAGUAAAAAAUCUUAAAACAGAUUGGAAAAAUCAAUCACAUUAAAUUAUUGAUUUUGUUUAUUUCUUUAAAAUUAGCACAUCGUCCAAUUUCGCGGUCGUCUUGGUUAUUUCCGCUUUUACAUUGAACAUGUCUCUUUUAAUUAAAAUUUUAUUAUUUGACAUAAUUUUAACAAAUUUAUACACGCCAUAAUCAUGUUUUAAGAUUAAAUUAUCUAUCUAUUGUA